AAAUAAAAGCGAUUUUUUUUCGCAUCAUGCCGAGAUUGCUGAAUAACCGUGUGUUGUCGUUCUUAAUGUCAAAUGGUAAGAUUCGUUGUAAUCGUUAUUCAUCCACGACGAAUUAUUGUGAAAAUUCUAGUUUCGCGAGAGAUAGACGCGCAAUGUCCACCGCCAGUAACUUGAUCAAAGAUUUGCCGAGGGGACCGUUGGACGCUUAUAGGAAAAGAGCGACAUUCGACUGGAAGUCAUUCAAUAAGUUAUCUUUGGAGGGAGAGGAUUGCGUGCGGUAUCAGAAGAAACUGUGGCAACUUAUCGAAAGCAACUCGGUGUUUCGAAAGUCGACGUCGAAGAAUUUGGAUGAUCUUCGAAGAUGCUGCAACAGUCAGUUCCAAGUACUUUUCCAGAAUGGCAUAGAUCCCAUGGAUGACCUUCCAUCUUACAUGUAUAUUUUUCAAUACGAUGGGUCAAUACCGAUUAGAAUGAGUAUCUCGCGUGGUAUGGUACCAGGUAGCUUAUUAGCACUGGGUACCGAGCGACAUCAACAUUUCGUAGCAGAGUUUGGCACUGGAAAUUAUACCGCCUGCUUCGCGCUGACUGAAAUUUCUCAUGGGACCAAUGCGAAAGGCAUGCGAACCAGGGCAACGUAUGACGUAGCAACGAAAAGUUUUAUCCUUCAUACACCUGAUUUUGAAGCUGCAAAAUGUUGGGCAGGUGGUUUAGGAAAAUGCGCGACGCACGCUCUCGUAUUUGCGCAGCUAAUUACACCGGACGGAGUGAAUCAUGGCCUGCACGUUUUCAUCGUACCAAUUCGCGAUCCGAAAACUCAUCUACCUUUUCCUGGUGUCACCGUUGGUGAUAUGGGUGAAAAGAUAGGUCUUAACGGAGUAGACAAUGGAUUCUUAAUGUUUGAUAAUUACUCUAUACCUCGUACUUGCCUGUUAAAUCGCACCGCGGAUGUCAGCGAGGAUGGAAAGUAUGUUCUCGCUUUAAAGGAUGAACGAAAAAGAUAUGGCUCGUCAUUGGGUGCGCUUUCAGGAGGCCGUGUCAGCAUUACUGGAAUAUGUGGACAUUAUAUGAGCCUUGCACUAACGAUUGCUAUACGUUAUUGCGCAGUUAGGAAACAGUUCGGCCCUACCGAGAAUAAUGAAUUGCCGGUCAUAGAGUAUCAAACGCAACAAUGGCGAAUCAUUCCUCAUUUAGCCGCAACGUAUGCAGUAAAAAUAUUUGCAUUGACGUUGUACAAAAGUCUCUAUGAUCUUCAAAUGAGUCGCUUCAUGAAUGAAGAUGGAGACGCGAUUGCCGAUCGAGGAAUGGAGAUGCACGCGUUAUCUUCUGCAACGAAACCAUUAUGUUCGUGGAUUGCGCGUGACGCGAUUCAAGAUUGCAGAGAAUCUUGCGGUGGGCAUGGAUACUUAAAAAUGUCUUGUUUGGGUGAUAUAAGAGCUGAAAACGAUGCGAAUUGUAUGUAUGAGGGUGAAAACAACGUACUUAUUCAACAAGCAAGUAAUUGGUUGUUAAAUCAAUGGGUUAAUGUGAUUAAAGGACAGCCCGUGCCAUCGCCUCUUAAUUCUGCGGAUUUCCUGGUGAAUGCAGAACAAAUACUUAAGACCAAAUUUAAUCAAACCACAGUGGAAGGUGUAUUGAAGCCUGAAAAUUUGCUCUUAGCUUUUAAAUGGUUGAUUUGUUAUUACUUGAAAAAAACACAUCAAUGUACGAAGGAACUCAAAUCAAGCGGAAUGUCUGAUUUUGACGUAAAA